ACUGAGCCGCCCGCGCCUCCUUGCCGAUAAGGCCAAAGGAGAUAUUUAAAUUUAGAAUCCUUCGCCCUUUCUACUUUUUUAUUUUUCUUUUACAAAAAGAAGUGCUUUCGCGCGAAUCUGUUUCGGCCAGUGCGUGUCGGACUCAUAUCGUGUAUGGGUGCGUUCUUUUGAAAUCAAAAUGUCAAGAGCAUAUUAUACAGUGAAUGAUGAUGUUUACGGGAAGAUUUUAAAAACUAAAAAAGAAUCGAAAACGGAAGCGGAUUAUGCAGAAGUGUUCGAAGCUGUCGAAGGAUUAGAUGCCUUGCUUGCCGAUCUACAGAAUUCAAUAAAUCCGGGACGUGUAUCGAGUCCCGGCGCUAGAACGGGAUCGCCGGGAGCGAGGACCACGUCCCCCGGUAGAACAACGUCCCCCGGCAGGACUGCUUCUCCUAUCAAUAGAGGUUCUCCAGGACGCCUCAGUUCUCCCACCUCGACUGGAUACGGAUCUAUAAAUGGAUCCAGGAAUAUCACCACAGAAUAUAAUAAACCUAGCUCUCCCACAUACCAGAACACGUCAACCAUCCACGAGAAAUCAGUGUCAAAGUACGGCACAAAUCAGAGCUAUGGCGGCCACUCGCCAGGGUAUCAGACGACAGGCUAUGGGAGGACGACGGCUAGAGGAAACCUUUCCGAAUUGGAUACCCUAUUAGAUGACCUGAGUAAUGCGCGUUACGGCAAUUACGUUGAGAAGGCCACAUAUAAUGAGAGAAAUGAAGGAUAUUCGAGAGCAAACGGUGCGACCAGUCCGGCGUCAUCCCGACCUACAGUCGACUCCCUGCUCGAUCAGCUCAGCACUGACGUACCUAAUGGACGAGCAUCAGUAUCGCCAGUCCCGCCGUCGCCGGUUGGAUCUGCCGCGGGAACAUUGCCGCGGCCGGGCACCAAGCAGGUGACGGUGACUGUACAAGAGACGGUGGUGGAACCCGCACAGGCGCAGCACCAGCCGGCCCCCACGCUCGCACCGAGGCACCACCAUCAUGCCUCUAGCGCUACCAAGGAGCUGGAUGAUCUGAUGGCAUCGCUGUCCGAUUUUAAAGUUAGCGGUUCACCGACAGAAGGAGGCGCACACGUGUACCGGGAGAAGCGCGCCUGGCAGGAGCAGUACCGCACCAACCCGCGCCAGCCGGAGUCAGCGUCGCUAGAGCACAUGCUCGGCUCUCUUCGGGCAGACAUGAGCCGCCAAGGAGUACAGACCCCCCAGAAGGGAUGCUGCAAUGCCUGCGAGAAGCCCAUCGUCGGACAGGUGAUCACCGCGCUGGGCCGCACCUGGCACCCUGAGCACUUCACCUGCGCUCACUGCAACCAGGAGCUCGGCACCAGGAACUUCUUCGAGCGCGACGGCAGGCCAUACUGCGAACCGGACUAUCAUAACCUCUUCUCGCCGAGAUGCGCGUAUUGCAAUGGCCCCAUUCUCGAUAAAUGCGUGACCGCUCUGGAGAAGACGUGGCACACUGAGCACUUCUUCUGCGCUCAGUGUGGCCAGCAGUUCGGAGAGGAAGGGUUCCAUGAGCGGGACGGCAAGCCCUACUGCCGCGCCGACUACUUCGACAUGUUCGCGCCCAAGUGCGGCGGCUGCAGCAAACCCAUCAUGGAGAACUACAUAUCCGCACUCAACACACAGUGGCAUCCGGAUUGCUUCGUCUGCAAGGAAUGCCGCGAACCAUUCCACGGCGGUUCGUUCUUCGAGCACGAAGGGCAGCCAUAUUGCGAGACUCAUUACCACGGCAAGCGCGGCUCGCUGUGCGCCGGCUGCCACAAGCCCAUCGCCGGCCGCUGCAUCACAGCCAUGUUCAGGAAGUUCCAUCCGGAACACUUUGUAUGUGCAUUCUGUCUACGACAAUUAAAUAAAGGCACAUUCAAAGAACAAAACGAUAAACCAUACUGCCAUGCUUGCUUUGACAAGCUUUUUGGUUAAAAUUUUACAUUAUUAUUUUUUGUUUGUGGACAUUUCAAACUGUCAAAGUG